CGAGCCUGCUGCAGGACCCCAUGGUGUUCGUUUCUGGGGGCCACAUCACAUUCAGUCUGUGUGGAUGGCAUCCCCUCAGUUGUGUGGUGCAUGGUCUGUACAGCCAGUGGUGGGGAAUUAAGGAAGAUAAUACAUUUAAAGCACUUUUCUCAGUGUUUGGAAGAUAGUAAAUCCAUAAUGUUAGCUAGUUAUUAUUCAUAUCUUCACUAUAUAAAUACUUUUGUUCUUACUGUUGCUCUCCUUGUUUUAACAGAUGAAGAAAUUGGUACCUAAACUUUGGUUGACUCCAAACUCUUUUCUCUCUUACGACUUUAUGUUUCACUUGACAGCUAUAUUUACUCAUAGUAUAUGAUAUUAGUGGUCAUUAUAACAGCCUCUUUGAGUCUCUGCUGACUGAAUAAAGGUGAAACCUAGCUGCCUGCCCUUUACUGUAAUGGAACUUAAGUUAGCAAUUGGACUGCUAUUAGUUUUGAUGUGUUGGUGGUUGUUUUUUUUUUUUCAUCUUAUUUAGCUCAUAUGUAAAUGUUCAAGAAAUAAAACUGGUAAUGGAAAUAAUUAAACUUAUUAAAGACAAAAGAAGAGAUGUUACUUUCCGAAACAUUGGCAUAAUAACCCAUUACAAAGCUCAGAAGACGAUGAUUCAGAAAGAUUUGGACAAAGAGUUUGACAGAAAAGGGCCAGCAGAAGUAGAUACUGUGGAUGCAUUCCAGGGUCGUCAGAAAGACUGUGUUAUUGUUACAUGUGUCAGAGCAAAUGCCAUGCAAGGCUCAAUCGGAUUUCUGGCAAGUUUGCAGAGAUUGAAUGUCACCAUUACACGAGCCAAGUACAGCCUCUUCAUCCUCGGACAUUUGAGGACCCUGAUGGAAAAUCAGCAUUGGAAUCAGCUGAUUCAGGAUGCUCAGAAGCGUGGUGCAAUUAUUAAGACCUGCGACAAAAACUAUAAACAUGAUGCACAGAAGAUUCUGAAACUGAAGCCUGUACUACAGAGAAGUCUGACUCACCCUCCGACCACAGCCCCAGAGGUGUCCAGACUCCAGGGCGGCUUGCCCAGCAACAAGCUCGACAGUGAAUUUGCCAAGACAUCUUUUGCUUCUUCACUGUACCACACACCCUCUGACUCAAAGGAAGCUACUGUUACUGCAAAGGACUCUGAAAGGCCUCCUGGGCAGGACUGGCUUCGGGACCCACGGCUGCUUAGGAGGAUGGGCAUGAUCCCUGAAGCCAAAGGGAAGUGCCUGAUGGAUCCACAGCCCCUGAGCCCCCAGCAUCCUGGAGCAACACCUCCCUUGGGAGAGCCAGGCUUCCCUGUAAGUCACCAGGAUCUGGGUAGCGUUGUGCAGCAGUCGACCACCAAAGGAGCCACUCCCAGCAACCACAGACCUCACGUGCCGUGUGAACCUCCAGCUGCUAGUGCUGAUGCUUCCACAAGAAAAAGAAAAUGUGACCAGGAAGAGGGGCUCAGCCACAGAAGAGAGACCAGGGCUUUCAGUGAAGGGAACCAGGAGAGGCAUAGCUCUGUGAGCCAUCAUACAAAGAGGAACUCUGCCUGGGACAAGGAUAAAGGAGGACAGUAGUUCAAAGAAAAGAAAGGUUUUAUAGUAAAGCCACAUGACCUAGACUGUCAGCCGCAAGCAUUAUUGCAAACUUAAGAUGACCAAGUAUUCAGAUAUGAUUAUUUUUUCCUUUCAAGAAGUUUGUGUGCUGUUGGAAAACAUGGAAAAUGUAUCCUAACACCUGAACCUCUUGGUCAUCUUUAGUACUUUUUGUUGGUUGCAGAGGCUUUCAGAGGGCAUUUGUGUAUCAGUAAUAAUGUCCUUGAAGUCAGAGACUUGAAGUGUUGACCUCUGGUUCCUCUAUAGGAAAGGUCAGACUGAAGUGAAUGUUGUAAAAGUUGAAAUGUAUAUUUGUAUAGCAAAUAACAAAAUCCUUUUAAAAUUUAA